CUUCAGCUACAACACUAUUGAACAUAGACCGAUCAUAGACAAUGACGAACGACAAUUGAAUGAUUGACCGCCUUCCGGCAACCAUCUUUUCGUAUUCCCUUGUUGUCGUUGUCAGAUCGGCGAUUUUUUAAAAAGCCGCAACCAUGGGUCGUAUGCACGCACCUGGUAAGGGUAUCUCCCAAUCGGCGCUGCCAUACAGGCGCAGCGUGCCAACCUGGCUAAAACUGACCGCUGACGAUGUAAAGGAACAGAUUUUCAAACUCGGCAAGAAAGGCCUUACUCCCUCCCAAAUCGGUGUCAUGCUCAGGGAUUCCCAUGGAGUCGCACAAGUCAGAUUCGUUACUGGCAAAAAGAUCCUGCGUAUCAUGAAAGCUAUGGGUCUUGCCCCUGACCUACCCGAAGACUUGUACUACCUGAUCAAGAAAGCCGUUGCCAUGAGGAAGCACUUGGAACGCAACAGGAAGGACAAGGACAGCAAAUUCAGGCUGAUUCUUGUCGAGUCCAGAAUUCACAGGCUGGCCCGUUACUACAAGACAAAGAGUGUGCUCCCACCCAACUGGAAAUAUGAGUCGAGCACCGCCUCAGCCCUGGUGGCUUAAGUUAUAAUAAACUAAUAAAUUUCCAA